AUGGCUUCCCGCCUUGCCAGGCAAAUGCAGCUCCGCAGCUUCAGCGCUGCCAGGACGCCCUGCUUAUUGGAAGCGGUACAUCAGCCCCUCGAGCUCCAGAUGGCGAAGAGCGCGCGGCUCGACAGGAGAAGAACAAAUGCAGCCCAAAGUCAGGCGGUCGCCCUGUACGGCUCGCCCCUGGCUGCAGCUUCGCCCUACCACGCUUUCGCGCCUGCGCCCCCCUGUUUGCUGGGAAAGCCCACGCGCUGGCCGGGGCCAGAAGGCUUCAAGACCACUGCGCGGUUGCUGUGGGACGAGGAGGCGCUCUACGUGUGCUGGGAGCUGCAGGGCUCUGCACGGGCGCCGGUGAAGCUGGGGGACGUGCAGCUGGAGGACCAGCUGGCAUCGAUACCUGCAGAGCGACAAAGCAUUCUGUUCGAUGAGAGGGUGGAGUGCUUCGUUUGGCAGCCAGGGGACGGAAAUGAGACGUACUUCGCUUUCGAGAUCAAUUUCGACGGCAAGGCCUUGACCAACAGGGCCAAGUUUGGCGGCCACUUCGACUUUGGUUGGGAUUCUUCCGCUGCCUACAGCGCUUGGACCAAGGAGCUGCCCGUGGGGCUCGUGGGAGACGUGGGGAAGGACGCCGCCACCGCCGCCUCCGGGGGCGCCCGCGCCCCGGGCGCCCGGGUGGUUAUUGGCGCUUUCAGAUGGCAGGCGCUGGGCAUCGAUAGGAAGCGGGAGAUUCGCAUCGGCCUCACCCGAGCACAGCACCCGCUGGUUCUGUCCAGCGAGUUGGGGCAAGCCGAGGCGGAUGCGAUUCUGAAAGGGAUGAUCUGGACGACCUGGGUGGACCCCGAUGAUGCCGAAGUCAACUGCCACAGGGCCGAGAUGUUCGGCAGGGUGAAGCUGGAGCCUGCAGGCGCGGUGGACUGCUCCUGCUGCGCCGCGCGGCUGCUUGGCUCCAAGGAUGUGACGGUGCUGCGCUCGCCCGAGCCCUCGCUGGACGAGUGUCCACCAGGAUCCCUGCUGAUCCGGGCGAAGUAUGCCUCCCUUUGUGGUUCGGACUUCCCGUACUUCAGAGACAUGGCCAGCCGCGCUGCCUCCUGCUACUGGGACCGCGAUGGAUUCUGCGGACAUGAGGCAGUGGGAGUGGUGGUCGACUCGCGCUCAGAGCGCUUCUGUGUGGGUGACUCCGUCUUGUCGCUGCCCUCCUCCUACUUCAAGGCGCACGUCGCCACGAGGCAGGAGUGGUUUGACGAGAAGGUGCACGGCGUGCUUCUGGAAGACUUCCCAGUGCGCGGCGGCUUCAGCGAAGUUUUUCCCAGCCACGAGCUUUACACCUACAAGAUCAAGGAGUGUGUGCCUCGGAUGCUUGCAGCGCAAGCUCUAGGAACGCUGCUCCGCAUGGUGAGGAGACUUGGCACAUUCAUCGGCAAGACCGUGGUCAUCCUCGGGCAGGGCCAGAACGGGCUCCUGGCCACGCGCCUCAUGGCCCAGUCUUGCGCCAGGCACGUGAUUGCGGUGGAGCCCUUGGCGUCGCGGCGGGCCUUGGCCACGCAGUUCGGUGCCACGCACGCGGUGACGCCGCAGGAGGCGCCCGCGGCGGUGUUCCAAGUGGCGCCCAAAGGGGCGGAUCUCGUGCUGGAGAUGGUGGGCCACAACCAGGAGACCAUCAAAGAGGCCCUGGAGCUUGUCGCGCCUUGCGGCAUUGUGACCGCCUUCGGUGUGCCAGACGACAGCGUCUACAUGUUCCAGUACGCCAAGUUCUUCCGGAAGAACGCGACGCUGGUGGCAUCGGUGAUCCCCGACCCAGGCGUGGACUUCCCAGAAGCCGUGGAGCUGGUGGAGCAAGGCCGUUUCAGCACCGAAGGUAUCUUUACCCACACCUUCCCGCUGUCGGAGAUCCAGAAGGCGUUCACCAUCGCCUCGGAGUAUCAAGACAACGUCGUCAAGGUUGUCUUGGACCUCACAUCCCAAGGCAAGCGAUGCCAUCAUUAUCGGCGCCGGAGUCAUUGGCAACGCUGUGGCCACGGAGCUCUCCCGGAGCGGCAUGCGCACGCUCAACGUGGACAAGCUCCGCGGCUCUGGACAGGGCUCCACAGGCUACUCCUCCGGCAUUUGCAGGAUGAUGUACAGCCUCCUGGACAGCGUGAAGUUCGCAUGGGAGCCGCUUGCGUCGAGUUGAACGUCGAACGUGACGGCUCCUGGGCCUCAGCUUGUUGGCAGGAGGGCUAUACCUACUACGAGAACUGGAAAGAGCACAUCGGCCUGGAGGACCCCCCGGGGGGCCUGGCGCGCCUCCGCGCGUGCGGCGCCCUCACUCUCCGGGCCCCCCAGAGCAAAGUCUUCCUGGAGCGCGUGGUUGCCAGCCACCGGGCGGUGGGCCUCCCCUUCGAAGAGUGGGAUGCCGACGAAAUCCGCCGGCGCCUGCGCUUUGACCUGCAGAGCUACGGCCCGCAGGUACGCAUAGACGACGACUCCUUCGGGGAGCCGACAGGCCCAGACCUGUCCAGCGGUGUCUACUUCCCCAAGACAGGAUAUGUCAGUGAUCCGAUGCUGGCGGCUUGCAACCUUCAAGCUGCCGCACAGGCCACGGGCCGUGCAGACUUCGCCUUCGGCCGGGAGGUCACGGAGCUGCUGCGUCGUGGCGGCCGUGCCGCUGGCGUCCGCUGCGGGGAGGAAGUCUUCGAAGCGCCCGUGGUGAUCAACGUGGCCGGGCCCCACUCCUCGCAGAUCACGCGCUUGGCCUUCGAGGAGGGCGAGAACGACAUGGCGAUCUCCACCCGGCCCAUGCGCCAGGAGGUUGCCUACGUGAACUCACCGCCCAAUGUGUCCUGGGGAGAUGAUGGCGAGGGCCUGCUUUGCACCGACCUGGACACCGGCAUCUACUUCCGGCCAGAAGUGGGUGGGAAGAUCCUGGUAGGGAGCGUGGAGCCGAGCUGCGAUGAUCCCUUCCAUAUCUAUCCCAGCGACCCCGAGGCUGUGUACCCGGGCGGCGAGCUUGCAUCCCUGACGGAUCAGUGGACGAAUCAGGUCUACCGCUUGGCACUGCGCGUCCCCACGCUGCCGCUGCCGGAAGCCGGCAACGUGCAGGGCUGCGCCGCCUGCUACGACGUCACCGAGGACUGGGUCCCCAUCUACGACAAAAGCGCCCUGCCAGGCUUCUACAUGGCCAUCGGCACCAGCGGGAACCAGUUCAAGAAUGCCGGCCCAGCUGCGCGGCUGAUGCGCGAGCUGAUCGAGGCAGCGGAUGCAGGCCGAGACACGGAUGUGCAGCCGUUGGAUUUCGAGCUGAAGAGGAUACCCUGUGGCGGAACCAUCAGCAGCGCCUCCUUCUCUAGGAAGCGAGCAGUCCUGGAGACCAGCGGCUCCGUGCUGGGGUGA